ACCUCUGGUGGACGCCGCCCGCAACAUUAGUUGUAAGUUGGAGUUGGUUGGACGGAGCAGAAAUUAAUCAAAAUUCAAGAUGGCCAAGUGUCACGAUGGUGUCUUGAAGUGUUGUCGUUAACUUUAUUUAUUUUGUGUGAAAAAAGUGUUUUUCCACUAUGGCUGACUUAAGUGUUGAUGUGUCUAAACUACCUGAAGAUAUAAGAGACAAAUUAGCCGAGUUGGACUUGGAGUUAUCUGAAGGUGACAUCACACAAAAGGGAUAUGAGAAGAAACGGGCACGUCUUCUCACACCAUACAUUACACAACAGCAGCAGCCAGGCAUUCAGCCCCCGAGGGGUCCCCGGGGCGACGGAGGCAGCAGCCGCCAGCACACCCGCAACAGGCGCACGCACCGGCGCGUCACGCACAAUGAGAAGCGAUACCAUUCAGAAGUGAGGCAGGAGGCGGUUCAGCAGGCUCUGGCUGAGAUGCAGAACAGACCGAAGCCAUCACUGCCCAUGCCGUCGAAGAGGACCUCCAUGAUGGCCAAGAGUCCAGACCGGGAGAGGCAUGAUCUGUCAUCAAGUUCAGACGAAGACUCGUGCGCUGGCGACAACGAGCUGCCUCCCCCUCCCGAGCUGGGAUCUCCCCCCGCGCGCCGCCCCGCCGCCCCUCACCCCCGCUCACACCCGCAUCCACUGCCGCAGCAGCCUCACCACCAGAGGGAGAAGAAACACCCGCCAAGAGAGAGGACCGAGAUUGAUUUGUCGGAUAUCACGCACCUACCAGCUUAUAUUCAACCGGAUGUGACGCACACGACCUCGGGGGCGCGCCGGGGCGGAGCCCUAGUCGCCGACCGCGUACAGUGCUACGCCCAGCCCGAAGACACCGGCACUGGCACUGGCAGGUGGAAGGUCUCCGCGAAAAUACAACAGCUGCUCAAUACACUGAAGAGGCCUAAACGACGGCCACUGCCAGAAUUCUACGAAGACGACGAUAUCGAAUUGGAAAUCGCUGCUAAUCCUAAAGAUCCGAACGCACCUAGGCCGGAAGGUGGCACCAUGACGCCAGCUGUUGGUGAACAACUCGUGGUGCCCGCCGGGCUGCCCAGGAACCUUGAAGCGGCACUGCAAAGAUAUGGAACAGCCUCGUUCAAAGCUAACGUGGCUACAGUGCUGGAUCCUAAUGGAAAACUCAGCAAUUCGCUUACCUAUGGUAAACUCCUCAGCCGAUCGCUCAAAAUCGCCCACGCACUACUAAACAAGACUUUCACAUCGAAAACCAGCAGCGGUGGACCCAUGACCGGGGACAAUUCCAUAAAGCCCGGAGAUCGUGUAGCGUUGGUUUACCCCAACAAUGAUCCGAUAAACUUUAUGUGUGCGUUCUACGGAUGCCUCCAAGCUGGAGUGGUCCCAGUCCCGAUCGAAGUCCCGCUCACUAGACGGGACGCGGGUCUUCAGCAAGUCGGGUUCCUGUUGGGCUCCUGUGGGAUACAGUACGCGCUCACUUCCGACGCUUGCAUGAAAGGCCUGCCAAAAACCUCAUCCGGAGACGUGGUGUCGUUUCGCGGUUGGCCGUCCCUGUUCUGGGUGUCGACAGAGAAGCUGCCCCGCCCGCCCCGGGACUGGAUCCCCCCGCCCCGCCCCGCCGAGGACAGCCCCGCUCACAUUGAACAUACAUCGGCGGCCGACGGGUCUGCUAUGGGCGUCAUAGUUACCAGGUCGUCAAUGCUGGCCCACUGUCGUAUGCUGUCUGUGGCCUGCAACUACACGGAGGGGGAGCACAUGGUGUGCGUCCUGGACUUCAAGCGGGAGACGGGACUGUGGCACGCCGUGUUGGCCAGCGUCCUGAACGGCAUGCACGUUAUCUUCAUACCGUACGCGCUGAUGAAAGUCAGCCCAGCGUCGUGGAUGCACAUGAUUACUAAAUAUAGGGCGUCGGUAGCUAUAGUGAAAUCCCGCGACCUACACUGGGGCCUGCUAGCCACUCGCGACCACAAGGAGAUAUCCCUGACUUCUCUUCGGAUGCUGCUGGUCGCCGACGGAGCCAAUCCCUGGUCUUUGUCUUCGUGUGACCAGUUCCUAUCCGUAUUUCAGAGCAAGGGCGUACGCGGCGAUGCUAUAUGCCCAUGCGCAUGUAGCAGCGAAUCGUUGACGGUAUGCGUGCGACGCGCCGGUCGCGGCGGUUCGUCCGCCGGCCGGGGCGUUUUGUCCAUGUCCGGCCUGUCUUACGGGGUAGUCAGAGUCGACGCGGAGAAUUCACUGACUUCGCUGACGUUGCAGGACUGCGGGCAGGUCAUGCCGUCAUGCGUGAUAGUGGUCGUGAAAAUGGAGGGCCCCGCUUACCUCUGCAAGACGGACGAAGUCGGGGAAAUCUGCGUGUUGUCCGGGGCCACCGGAUCCGGAUACUGGGGUCUGCCCGGUCUGACCAACACUGUCUUCAAGGUCAGACCACUCGACGCCGAUGGUGAAACUAUUGGCGAAGAGAGCUAUGUGAGGAGUGGACUGCUGGGAUUCUUGGGACCUGGUGGUCUAGUAUUCGUCUGCGGCUCCCGCGACGGUCUGAUGACAGUGACCGGCCGCAAACACAACAUGGACGACAUUAUAGCUACGGUGUUGGCGGUGGAACCCAUGAAGUUUAUAUAUAGAGGAAGGAUUGCUGUGUUCUCUGUGAGGGUGUUGAGGGACGAGAGAAUAUGCAUCGUUGCUGAGCAGAGACCUGACUGUGGCGAGGAAGAGUCUUUCCAGUGGAUGUCGCGCGUUCUCCAAGCUGUGGACUCGAUUCACCAAGUGGGCAUAUAUUGCUUGGCACUAGUUCAACCCAACUAUUUGCCCAAGACGCCGCUAGGGGGCAUCCACCUCAGCGAGUGUAAACGCCGCUUUUUGGAGGGUACUUUACAUCCAGCCAACGUUCUGAUGUGCCCGCAUACUUGUGUCACUAAUCUGCCGAAACCAAGGGAGAUACAUUCAGAUGUGGGCCCGGCUUCAGUUAUUGUCGGGAAUCUAGUUCAGGGAAAUCGCCUUGCGUCUGCGCAGGGUCGAGACAUGGGAUACAGUGACGACUCGGAUGCGGCUAGGAAGUACCAGUUCAUAUCGCAGAUCCUAAGAUGGCGUGCACAAAGUACUUCCGACCACGUCAUAUUCACUUUGCUCAAUUCCAAAGGGGCCGUGUCCAAAGUCCUCACGUGUGCGGAACUACACAAGAAAGCGGAGAGAAUUGGCAACCUCCUCUUAGAGAAAGGACGAGUGAACACGGGAGACCACGUCGCGUUAAUAUUCCCGCCGGGGCUUGAUCUCAUAUGCGCGUUCUACGGCUGCCUUUACGUGGGAACUGUACCAGUCACCAUUCGCCCCCCGCAUCCACAAAAUCUUCAUACAACCCUACCAACGGUCAGAAUGAUCGUAGACGUCAGCAAGGCCACCUUAGUCCUCUCCAACCAAUCUGUGAUAAAACUCCUCCGAUCCAAAGAAGCUAGCAAUGUUCUCGACAGCAAAGCCUGGCCGUUAACUCUCGACACAGACGAUAUGCCCAAGAAAAAAUUACCAAUCCUGUACAGAGCUCCUACCGCGGAAAUGCUCGCGUAUUUGGACUUCAGCGUGUCUACCACGGGAAUGCUCGCCGGGAUCAAAAUGUCUCACGCCGCAGUCACGUCGCUCUGCAGAUCUAUGAAAAUCGCCUGCGAAUUGUAUCCAUCGCGGCAUAUCGCACUCUGUUUAGACCCAUAUUGUGGCCUCGGAUUCGCGCUCUGGUGUCUGAGCAGCAUUUACUCCGGCCACCAUUCGAUUCUCAUACCGCCUUCAGAAGUAGAAAUCAACCCGGGUUUAUGGCUAAGCGCCGUUUCGCAGUACAAAGUGCGCGACACAUUCUGCUCGUACGGUGUCAUGGAACUCUGCACCAAAGGGUUGGGUAGCUCGGUCAAUCAACUGAAAUCCAAAGGGAUCAACCUGGCCUGCGUCAGGACGUGUGUAGUGGUCGCCGAAGAAAGGCCUCGAAUCAACUUGACAAAUUCCUUCUCUAAACUGUUCUCGGCUUUGGGCCUGAGUCCCAGGGCUGUCUCUACGUCAUUCGGAUGCCGAGUGAACAUAGCUAUUUGUUUGCAAGGCGCGUCUAGUCCCGAACCCUCGACUGUGUACGUUGAUCUCAGGGCUUUGCGGAACGACCGCGUCUCGCUGGUCGAACGCGGCAGCCCACAUUCCUUAUGUUUGAUGGAGUCGGGGAAGCUUUUACCCGGAGUUAAGGUCAUAACAGCAAAUCCUGAGACUAAAGGUCAAUGCGGGGAUUCGCAUUUGGGCGAAAUUUGGGUGCAGUCUCCACACAACGCGAGCGGGUAUUUCACGAUAUACGGCGAUGAGAGUGACUACGCUGAUCACUUUAGCGCCCAGUUGGUCACAGGAAACACAGGGGAAGUUUACGCGAGGACAGGGUACCUCGGUUUUCUGAGGAGGACGGAGAUUAGUACCACUAGUGGGGGUGGGGAUGAUACUUCUAUAAUGACGAGGGAUAGCGACACGGAGUCGCUAGCGUCGGCGUGUAGCGUUAGCGGCAUGGCGGGGGAUUCGCACGAUACCCACGACGCCGUGUUCGUGGUAGGGGCUCUGGACGAAACUAUAAUGCUAAGAGGCAUGCGGUACCAUCCUAUAGAUAUUGAGAAUUCAGUGAUGCGGUGCCACAAGAAGAUUGCGGAAUGCGCCGUCUUCACCUGGACCAAUCUGCUAGUAGUAGUCGUGGAGUUGGACGGCAACGACAGCGAAGCAUUGAACCUAGUACCACUCGUCACCAACACUGUACUAGAGGAGCACCACUUGAUAGUCGGAGUGGUGGUCGUGGUGGACCCAGGAGUGGUGCCGAUAAAUUCCCGCGGUGAAAAACAACGCAUGCAUCUGAGAGACGGUUUCCUAUCGGACCAAAUUGACGCCAUUUAUAUCGCUUAUAAUAUGUAAAGGUGCUUUGGUUUGACGAUACACGAUUUAGAUGUUUUGUUGAGAGUUGAUUUUGAAUAUCGUCUUUCUUAAGAACUGUGGGUUCAUGUUUUGUUGAAGUGAAACUUCGGUGUUUUGGUCGAUUUGGGAAUGAUCCUAACGGUAGAAGUGAUGGGAAUUGUAUGAUUUUAGUGUAACCUUUUAUUCCUAACUAAUAUUAUGAAUGCGAAAGCUAGUUUGUUUGUUUGUUUGUUGUCUCUUCAAGCGUUAUCUACUGAACCAAUCUUCUUGAAAUUAAAAGUUUUUUUUUUUGGUAAAAGCUAGUAGAACGAUAAAGAUCGUUAGUAAUGAAACCAUUCCCGAGAUUCUUUUCAUAACCACUUAGAAUGUAACGAAUUAAUAAAUGGUUGUGCCCGUCGUCAAAUCAUUAUUAUUUUAAACAGUCAUUCGUGUAACCAAACGUAUAUUCGUAAUAGUAGGAUACGAUUAUUAUCAAGUAUUUUAGUAUAUAAAUCGUGUAUCGUAGGCUUAAGAUGUACCGAAUAUGUGUAAGCACCCUUCUCCUCAUAGUGACAUAUUUCUAACUUAGGUCAGUGUAUAGUUAAUUUCGACUGUCUUUUAAAAGAUUUUUGAUCAUUUUUAAACGCACUGUACAAGCGAGAGACGCCAAAUAACUCGCUAAGAACGAAUCGGAAUUUUAAGACUGUAACGUUAUUAAUUUCUAAGGCUAUUUUAGACAACGCUUUUAGGGUCCAUUCGGUUUUAAGGCGAUAAAAAGUUGCGCGCUUCACGACAGUCUGAAUGGACCCUUAUAAUGACACCUCUAAAUCGUGACUGAUCGUCUGAAGUCUGAUUUAUUUCAUAUCUUUUCGAUGUUGUAUGGUUAAUAAAAUUAUCUGACAGUCUAUUGAUAUCCUGGUGAAGUCAUAGCAUCAUGAACAAUAUAUAAGUAUAAAGUCGAGCUAUUAAUAAGAUACAUACAUUAAUCUGUAAUGUUAAAAUAAAAUUUUUCAUAGUGUGACAAUAGGCUCAAAAAAAAACAACUAUUUUUUUUAUAUUUGGUAUUUGUAGAGCAAUAUUUUCCACUGAGACUAGACUUUGGACUUAGAUACACUAUUAGUACAUUUAUUUGUGGACUAAAUCUCCCUUGAAGGUAAAUGCCGACCGAAGAGUAGGAGAGAACAUGAGACAUACGCCUCGUCAUAUAUAGUGAAAAGCUCCAUUGGUUCUGUUUGUCAUAUUUCAAGGUAAAUAGUAUCUAAUGUGCUCGAGUUUAGACUUAUAUUUAAAUGUUUCCCACUGCCGCAAUAUAUCCCGUUUUUAUGAAGACUUACCAGCCCAGGUGGCUGUGUAUGAUCAAUUUGUACUCAUAAUACGACUGCUUUAAAAUUUUCGUUUGGAACAAAAUGAAAAUAUUCAAACUUUAAAAUAAAAAAGUUUGCCAAAAGCAUACUUUAUUUAAGUUAGUAAUACAGGUGCAUUUGUAAUGGCGUUGGCUUUUGCGUAAGGCAAUACUCUAUAUACUAUGGGAAUUUCUAAAAGUCCCCCUUUAGUGAAUGCCUACGUCAUUAUGAAGCAUACAUCUUCCAGGAUGAACAAUAAUUUUUUAUUUCCAUUUUUUGUAUCUCAUUUCUUUAAAUGCACUUAUUCAAAUUUUGGCCAUCAUUUAUUAUAAAAAUGUUAUUCGCAAAUGUUUUAUUAAUGUGAUAUGAUUAUCAGUUAACCGACAAUUUGAACCAAUUAUUCAGUUUUAUAAUAAAACUUCCUACUAACGUAAAAACUUGUAAUUUGGUAGGAACUCCUCAACGGCGUGUCGACUAUUAUUUCAUUGACUCUAGUGCAAUGCUUAUAACAUUUUUUACUAUACUUACACAAUUAUAUUGUUGUGAUUAUUAUGAAUCAUGUAAUUGUAAUACUAGUUUGUAAUAUUGUAAUGUAUUGGUAAUUAGUGUUAGCGUGGGACACUGCAUUUAAUGUGACGUUGGGUUGACCGUUUAUUUGGACAAUAACAUUGUUCGGAUUGAACUAAAAUUUCGCUCACCUUUACCUAAAUUUGUAUGUGUGUUUUGUAGAAACUGAUUCCACUUUCUUCAGUAUAUUUUAAUUUGAUUAUUUGAAAAUAUUUAUACAGAGAAUUUACCUUGUUACACGCGCUUUGUAAGAGUGCAAAAGUGAUUAUUAUUUGAGUUUCUUGUCACCUUAGACCUCAUUUCACUUACCUUUAGGAAGAAUGUGGUCAAAUGCACUCUAAUUUUCAAUUAUAGUCGAAGGAGUAGUACAUAAGUCAUCGAUCAAUAUGAAUGCUACACCGACUAUGAGAUAGCACCAAAGUGGAAUCAGUUAUUCAUAGAAUUUAAUUUUCAUUGUCUCCUUGAUGGGCUUAUUUCUUUUAAUACAUAAACAAAGAGAAAAUGUUCUGCAAGUGAAAAUUAAAAAUGUGAUUUUAUUUGGCACAAGUCACUAUGUAAGGUUUGGUUUGACCAUGAUCCAAUAAGGAUUAAGUUACGGAGAUCAGAUGGGAGUCGCUUCGUGUAAAUAACCUGACUCACACAAUCCAGAAUCGUGGUCAAGUCGCACCUACGGCUGUUCCCCUGAGAAGAGAACUAAUUCCAGAGGGAUGAUGUGAUCAAGAAGUGAGAAGCACAAUGACUGUGUCAUUAUUUCGUAACGUUAAAUUACUUUUUGAAACGAUAUUAUAUAUGAACGUUUUAUGGCCCCUUCAUUUUUUCACGCCUUUUUGUUUUUAUUUUAGUCAAAUAAGAAAUUCAAUGUCAUUAACGUUUUAAAAAAGUAUACUGAAAUUGUCUCAUUAAAACGUUUUCGAAAAAAAAAUAUUUUGUAAUUUACAUUUGAAACAAAAGUUCUGUCUUGAAGGAGGCCAUAAAGCAUUUUUAUAAAUAAUGAGUUAUUUUUUGUUGAUAUGAAGGAAUUUACAUCACAUUGACGGAAAGUUAUAAAUUCAGAAAUAAUUAAGGAUAUAUUUCAUUUAAUUUCAUUCCAGUUAAGCGUGACUGUAACAAUGCAAAAGCAUAUUUUAAUGAUCUAAGCGAAAUUAUAUUUUAAAUCAAUAUUCUAUAAUUAGAUUUCAUUAUUUACUUUUUCUUUUGUAAUUAUUUAUUGCUAAAUUGUACAUAUAUUUUUGUUAUUUAAUUUUACGUUUAAAAUGAUUUCUGUAUUUAGAAUUUAAUGUUGUUUUGACGAUCGAUAGCCGGUGUAUCGGAACGGAACGGCGAUUGAUUAUGAAAAUAUGAUUUUUAUGGUUAUUACAAAAUGUAGUCAUCUUGAAUAAGUAAGUAUACAAGUAGUUAAAUAACUCAGUUUUAUGAACAAUGUCUAAUUUGUAAUCGUUUAUUGUAAUGUAGCCGUAGAGCAUAAUGUGUGGUGCAAGGGGUCCCUUGUGACUGCGUCGAUGGAAGCACGUGAUCGCACUCUGUUCGUAAAACUCACUACCGCAUAAAGUAGCACAUUAUUUUUGUUCACUAGUAUCGUGAAAUGGUCGUGUACACUUAUAUGUACCUACUUUAGCUUAAAAGCGCGACUUUACCGCGAGAAAUAGUUAUUCAAAUACUAAGAUUUACAUUCGCUGUUUCAGCCUUUUCAUGCCCUUCUCUUUCUUCAUUACUGUGACGUCAAUCUCACAAACCUUCUUCAGUAUGUAGACAUUUAGCAGUAUAAACAGUUUGAUUUCUAAUCAAACUGUUUAUACUGCUAAGAUUUAAAUUAAAAAUAUACCAAUUAUAAAUACACAAACUAUUUAUAUUGUAAUGCAAAGAGUCUCUUUCUCUGAAUUACCGAUUUCUGACUUUAUUCAACCAUUAUCUGUGGGUAGUUACUCGCAAAAUUUUUUUUUAAAAUGAGAAUUGGGACCUAUCUUAUGGGUGUACACUACUACAUUUUACGGUGCUUAUAACACGCACAACUAUUGGGAUUUGUUCGUUUUCCAAAAAUUCCUGUAGAUGUAACUAAUUACUAUGUUUAUUUUAAUGUUCUGGCUAUUUAAUGACCAGUAACAAACAGCUUUUUGAAUUGUGUAUUUUUUUCUGAGAAAUAAACGUGCAUUCUGGUU